AUGAUGAUGAUGAAGUUGAUUUAUUACAGUUCGAAAAAAUACCCGGAACAGUCGUUGUCAACUGUUUUAAAGGAAGCGGUUGAUAAAUCGAAUGCAGACGAUCGGCUUUUUGUUUUCUUGGUUGUGAUUUGUGUCCGACAUUCUGUAGCUCAUGGAAUUGAAGUCGUUAAUACUCCCAAUAUCUGUAAUGAAGUCACAACGUCUGUUCCACCCAAUGCCUCUUUGAAUAAUAUACCAACAACGCUUGUAACCACUCCAACUGCAAAUGACAAUCUACCCAUCAGAUUGACGCGGACUACUACUACUACUACUACUACUACUUCUACUCCAUCAGUGAACUCGAAAAUAUCAGGUAGACUACAAUCUGGAUCAGCUUCUAUACGGAUUAAUGAUUCCACUCUUAAUAGACAGUCAACAUAUGAAAGUAUUCAGUGUAGCAGUUACAAUAGAUACAGUGGUUGUGAGAGACGACCAGGUAUUACUAAUGAAUAUAAUGUGAGGGGUGGUGAUAACACAAGAGGAAGACAAAGUGGAUUAGAGGCCACAACUAUGUCCAUCUCUGAUAUUGAUGAUGAUGAUGAUGAAAUGAAUUCAAACAACUCAUUAAGACUUAUACUCCCAAAGAACAAUGUAUGUCUAUCUACUGUUAGUUCGAGAACGUCUACCUCUGGAUCGGAUUCGCUGGUCUCUAGCUUGCCUUCGCCUUUACGUAGGCAAAUGGAACGAAUAAAUCAGCGCCCUUCAUUGGCUGUAAACACUGAAUCAACAGAAAUGGAUGAUUUCAGUGAAAAUGAUAUCGUGCAUUAUGGAGAUGUUGAAUCCGGUAAUCAAGAAUUCAACCCUCUCAAAAGCUACCGCGAACUAUAUGCCAAUGCGAUUGUCCCUCGUAAGCAUUUAAGAGCUACACAUCGAUGGGUUUUGCUACCGUCCCACAGUACUCCCCGAUUACCGAUUGAUUCUGUAACGUUUCCACCUGGACCGCGUCACUCUGGCUUCGACGUGAAUAAGGAAGGAAAACUGCGUCCAACUGUCAAGUUUUUGCUUCGCAUAGGUAUGGGCUAUGUAACUGUCAUUGCUUAUUGGUUUUGA